CUGCGCUGUGCUUUGUUCAGCAAAAGUCCUUGAACCUCGAGCAUAUUAUUCAGAUCACCAAGUCACCCAGCUGAAUAAUAAGCUGACGUCUGCAACUAAACGACUACUACUAUAGAGUGAUGAUGUCACAAGAUUAUCCUCCAACCAUCGCCGAGCUGACGACCCCGUGUUUCCUGGUUGAUAUACUGCGGGCCAAACUAAACGCAAGUCGUAUGUUGGAGAGAUGCGAGAAUCUAGGAGUGCAGUUGAGACCGCACAUGAAAACACACAAGACUGUAGAACUUGCAUUACUCCAGACAGGAGGGAAUAAAAGUCGGAUUGUUGUGUCCACACUGAAGGAAGCAGAAUUCUAUGCCACUAACGGGUUUGAUGAUAUUCUGUAUGGAUGUCCAAUAACUGCGCAUCACAUACCAAGAUGUACAAAACUGGCGGUCAGUCGCCAGCUCCACCUGCUGUAUGACUCGCACGAGGCGAUCAGCGCUCUCCACAACUCGCCUGUAGGAGACGGCAGGGCGUGGUCGGUGUUUCUGGCGGUGGACACGGGCAAUGACAGAGAGGGGGCACUCUGGAAUAGCGAUGAGGCGGUGCAGUUGGCUAAAGAAGCGGCUGAGAGUGAACAUAUCAGUUUCCAGGGCAUCUAUUCGCAUGACGGCCACUCGUACAGAUGUAGAGGAGUAGAUGAGGUGAAGAAGUUAGCAGAAGAGACAGCCAAUAAAAUGUUGUUUCUUAAAAACAGACUUCUCAAAGAAGGAAUCGAUUGUGUCACUACUGGAGUCGGCUCAACGCCAUCUUGUAUCAAUCCGCCGGAUGUGUUCUCCUCAUUAUCCGUCUUCCACCCGGGAAACUAUAUUUUCUUUGACUACAACCAGCAGUUCAUGCAGGUGUGUGGUUUUGAGGAGAUAGCGUGCCGAGUAGCAACCCGGGUUAUCAGUCACAGUGCGACAGGCGACCAUCUACUGGUGGAUUGCGGCUUCCUGGGACUCAGCCAUGAUGGUAUUGCGAUACAGCAGCAACUCCCGUAUGGAUUUUGUGCUUUCCAAGAUCAGCCUAACCUAAGAAUGGUGAGAAUGACCCAGGAGUUGGGUAAAGUGGAAGACGUAAAUGGAAAAGUGGAUUUUGAGAAAUACCCAAUUGGAAAGAUACUUUACAUAUACCCAUGGCACUCUUGUGCUACAGCUGCGAUGUAUUCGGAGUAUUUCGUCCACGAAGGCGACGCGGUGGUCGGAGUGUACAAACCAACGCGAGGAUGGUGAUAAACGACAUAUGUAAACACAUAUGUCAACAAAAACAAACGGAACAGAUAAACAAGUCGCCGAAGGCUCUAUGUCCCCUCAGCUCUGUGUUCAAUCAGCUCUGUGUUCCCUCAGCUCUGUGUUCCCUCAGCUCUAUGUUCCCUCAGCUCUGUUUUCCCUCAGCGUGUUCCCUCAACUCCGUGUUCCCUCAGCUCUGUGUUCCCUCAGCUCUGUGUUCCCUCAGCUCCGUGUUCCCUCAACUCCGUGUUCCCUCAGCUCUGUGUUCCCUCAGCUCCAUGUUCCCUCAGCUGUACCACAACUGGUAUAUCAAAGGCCGUGGUAUGUACUACCCUGCCUAUGGGAUGGUGCAUAUAAAAGAUCCCUUGCUGC